AGCGCACGGUCGGGCGCAGCCCAUUUUGGCACCGAGGCUUCCAGGUGCCCAGCGCGGAGGCGGAGCCGGGUUACAGCCGCCUCCGCGGCGCCACGGAGAAGACCCCCGGGAGUUCGGUAGCCCCAGCGCUCCUUCUGAGGCUCCAGCGCCCCAAACCUCCACCAGCUCACCUCAUUCCUCCUCUCGGCACUCCGGGCGCGAAGCUAGCGACUUGCUAGCAAAGCAAAGACCGCAGCGCCAAGUGGCGCGCGCUGGGCAGUGGCCCGGGCAACCCCGAUCGCAACUGGAGACCUCAGCCGAGCCGGCCGGCCAGUGGGCAACAGGACCAUGACUGCCGAGCGACCCGGCUCGCGUGUCCCCGCGCACAGUCUCCUGUCUGCCCUCUGGGCGGCAUCGCUGCUCCUGCUGGGUGUGCCGCGCCUUUCCGUGCGGGCGGAUGGGAAGCUCUUUGUGCUAGAGUCUCAGAAUGGUUCUCAGGGCCUGGACCUGGAGACAGCACGGCUUUCCUGUAAGACCAGGGGAGCUCACCUGGUGUCUGCGGAAGAGCUGCGGAGAGUGGUCCAGGAUUGCACCUUGGCGGUGUGCACCACAGGCUGGCUGGCAGAUGGCACCCUUGGGACAACUGUGUGUAGCAAAGGGAGUGGUGAACAGCAAAUCAUGAAAGCAAUCGAUGUGAGAAUUGAGAGCAACCCAGUUCCUGGUGGCAUGUACCAUGCCCUUUGUAUUAAGAAUGAAGAGAAGCCGUGUGGAGACCCACCUUCGUUCCCACACACCAUCCUGCAGGGCCGUACGGGCUUGGAGAUGGGGGAUGAGCUGCUGUAUGUGUGUGCCCCGGGGCCUGUUCCAGGCCAGCGAGAAAUGGCCUUCACCUUGCUGUGCAACAGCUGUGGGGAGUGGUACGGCCUGGUGCAGGCCUGCGGGAAAGAGGAAGCUGAGGCACUUAUCGACUAUGAAGAUAAUUUCCCUGAUGACAGAUCCGUGUCAUUCAAAGAGCUCAUGGAAGAUUCCCGGACAGAGGCAGAAGAGGACAGAGGUCAGGAAGAAGCCUCUGAGGAGGCCCCAAAGCAAGACCGUCUGGUCUCCAUUUCUGUGGGGAAGGAACAUGCAGCCUGGGAUAAAGCAUCUGUGCCAACCACAGGCUUGUCUGGCCCUGAGAGCAGUGUCCCCACGGACUGGCCAAAAUCCCAGGUAAACCAGAAGUACUCGCUCUGGUUUCCUGCUGAGACUUUCCACAAGCCUGAGUUGGAAAAGGACGUGGACGAUGACACCAAAAAGCCGUUUCCUGCUGGAGACAAUCACAGUGGAGCGAAAUUGGUCCCAGGUGAACCCGAAACCAAGGUGAUCUAUGGUAGCACUGAGGGCCCCUUGGGGCCUUUUGUGGACAGAAAUGACAGGAGGGCAGGGGACCCCGUGGUAAGCAGCAGUGAUGAGUCCUGGUUAGAUGGGUACCCUGUGACGGACAAGGCUUGGAGGAAAGAGGAGGUAGAAGGGGAGGAUGAGGGGGACAAGGGGGAUGGGUCAGUAGGACAGGAUGAAAGUGUUCUCGUGACCCCUGAUCAGCCCAUCCUCGUGGAAGUCAAGAAGCCCAGGAGCACGGCUCUCACACCAAGUGAGGACACGACCCACAGUUCAGUUCUUCCAUCUCAAAUGCUAGAUGUGGAGGCAUUGGCUCUCAGGCCCAUGAACGUGUCUGAGACAGAGGGUCCCCCCAAUAGAGAUGAUGACUCCUCCAAGUACCAGCCAACUCUACCUUGGAGACUCAUCACAGAGGAGUCUCCCAUGGCCACCCCACCCCACGAACUCACCCACUGGACCCUGGAGACAAUGACAACAACUGCUGUCCACCAGAUGCCUACCCACAUCCCCUCAACUCGCACCGAGGCCACCACGCUGCCAGUGGAAACCACUGCUCCUGAGGUCCAGGACAGCUUCCCCUACCUGCUGUCUGAGGACUUCCUAGGACAGGAAGGCCCCGGGCCAGGUGCAAAUGAGGCAGAGCUCCUUCCAACUCUGGAGCCCUGUGUGGGAGACGAGUGUCCCAGCCUCAGCAGAGGCCCCGUGAUCGCCACCAUUGUCACAGUCCUGUGCCUGCUGCUGCUCCUGGCAAGUGUGGGGGCCGUGUGGGGUUACCACAGGUGCCAGCACAAGAGCUCCGUGUACAAGCUGAAUGUCGGCCAGCGGCAGGCCAGGCACUACCACCAGCAGAUUGAGAUGGAGAAAGUCUAACCACCUUCGGAGGAAAAAAGAACCGUGGGACACCAGAGCGCAGGUGAAAUAGGGCUCAUCUUCUUUCCCCGCAGGGCUGUGUUCUGUAGGCUGAGAAGUGUCUCUGGAGACACCCGGCAGGGCAGGGAGGUUUUGGUGGCUUUGUGACAUAGGUCGAUGUCUCCUCCACCAUCUGCUCUGGAAUCGAUUGCACUAAGACCUGUGUGUGGGCCCUGAUUCCAAACACAAGGUCCAAAAAUCACCUCUUGCUUCAUCAAAAUGUUGUCUUCUUUUCCUUUUUUAAGAAAGAAAAGCACUGACUCCGUAUCCUGAAAUUUUAAAAGUAGACUUAAUACACCACGCCUCUGAGGGCACAGUGUUGCUGGGGACAAUGACGACUGCUUGCUGACAGUGGGAUACAGAAAAAUAAGGGGUCAUUUCCUUUGAAUGUUGUGACGUUGCUAAGGACAGAUGAGCCAAGAACCAGGGCUCAGCCAAGAAACUCUGGUGUUUCCUUUUAAUUGUUUGUUUGUUUGUUUGUUUUUGUUUCUUUUUCUUUUUUCUGGAAUUGGAGAGAAUUUAAGGCAGACAUUUUGCUAUGGGGAGGAGUGAAGAGACACACAUCCACCUCUGUUCCCUCCAUUCUGUGGGACAGCCCAACAUUGUUUAAGAACAAGGUGAGCUUUAUACCAGGAAGGAUCAUUUCCUCCAGUUGUUCUUGACCAGUCUGCGCCUAGGAACAUCUUGGAAUCUUUGUCAGGACUAACAAAACUCAAUCUUUAGUUUCCUCUCUCAGGAUUAACCAUUUGUCUGAACUCCAGUAAGAGGGAAUGACAUGGAGGAAAAAAAAAAUAUUUGAAGAAAGCCAAAGAUUAGAUGUCAAGUGCUACUUGAUGGAGAUGAAGAAUUAAAAAGGAACAUGAAAUGACCUGUGCCCAUCUAUUCCUUACUUAUAUGGGAAAGUCCAUCCGGGCUACCGAGUAACCUGUUUCAUAGCAUCUAGAUCAUCCCAUAUAGAGAUUCGGCAAGUAUUAUUUAUGCCAGUGGCUCUCAAAGGGUGGUCCUCAGAGCAGUCACAUCAGGGUCACCUGGAAGCUUGUUGGAGAUGCAGGUUCUCUAGGACCACCCCAGACUCAGGAAACAGAAACCCUGGGGGUGGGUCCCAGCUCUGGCUGGCUUAACCAACCUUCCUGGAGAUUCCAAUGUGUACUGAGCGUGAGAGAUAUUGGUUUAUAUCAUAAAUUGUGAGUUUUGAGGCCAGCUGAGAUGAGUAGUACCCAGGGUCUGUCUUGCAUAGAAACCAGGUAUGGCCUCUUGUACCUGAGGCAGUGUUUGGAGCUACCAGUGGGCCACCUCCAACAGCCUCCUGUCCACUGGCCCUGAAGCUAAAUACAUCAGAUUCUUCUAAUACAAAUUACCUUCUUGGAGAUAGUUUUCAGUGGUAAAAAGUGACAAAGGCAGUACAUUUAUUUUGAGACACUACUGGAGUCCAAGGGCUUCUGUGUGGCACGAAAGACAUCCUCAUCAUGUUUUACAAUUGAAAAAUGGAGGUUGGUGGUUUUUUCUAUGGAAGAAAGAAUUUCCGUAACAUGUUUGCUACCCUGCCACUUCUUUUCAGUGCAAGCUUUGAAAAAUUCAUAGACUAAGUAGUUACAAGACAGUACAGCUUAAUCAAAGAUCUUAACCCCCAUAAAUGGGUAAAUGAAGGCCUGAAGUUACCAACUGUUAAUACCUAUCCAUCAGAUGAAAUCUAGACUAAUAGGAAGGAAAUGUUUUCUUUGUGUAGCUAAAGCAGAUCAUUGCAGAACAAAAGCCAGUGGCUGUAUAUAUUUUACAAUUAGAUUCUAAUCUAUUGCAGGAUAACUUUUCUAUUUUUAACUCUAUAAAAUAACCUCUGUCUCAACAUUGGGACUCUAUUAGCAGCUAUUAUUAUGUAAUAACCCAGAACAUUGAACCUACACCGACACAUAAAUAGGUAAUAUUAAUACAAUGUAUUAAUAAAUUUAUUACAAAUUAUUAAUACAUGUAAAUAUAUUUUUCUGGAGAUAUGAAUUGCAAAGCAAAUCCAGCACAUCAGUUUUUAAGUUUUCUUUGAUUUGAUGUCAUCUAAAUUGGUGUUACAGAAUCAAAAGAUGUUUGUCAAAAGGGAAUGAUUAAAAUAAACCUAAAUCGUUUGCCAUUUUGCAUGUUUUGAGACUGGUAAAUGUUUGGUUGAUGCUCAUAAAAACUGAGGGAAAGAGAGUUUUCAUUAACACAAAGCUUCUGAUAUAUUUUAAAUAAAUAAUUAUUUCCCCAAA